CUCUGAAAAGCUUUCGCCGCAGCUGCAAGCUGCGAGCUGCGGCGAAAGCUGCAGAAAGGCAAAGGUACAUUGGUCCUGCUAGGGCUGAAGCUCUGCACACAGCAGCUGUCGCAACAGUUUAUUUCCAAUGGCAACCGAAAGCAGAUGCAGAUCGGUCACCAUGCCAACCUGGCUGACCCCUUGACCAUCUCUGCUCCCUCCUUCCUCUUUCUCAUCCAACAUCCUGCCAUCCCACGCAAGAGAGCAGGGAAAGGCGUGAGAGGCAAAAACCUCGAGAGACUGAGUCAAUUUACACUAAAUCUACACGAGACGAUUCAGAAGAUCCUGAUCCUCCAUCCAACAGCUGCUAUCGAGGCCUGCCUGAGUCACCUGCUGAAGAGACGGGCAGCUGGUUUUCUCCGCAGCGACAAGAUCGCCGCCCUCUUCACCAAAGUCGGCAAAGUCUACGAUACUGCUGGCGAGGUUUGCCGUAAGGUGCAAGAGCAACUCCAGCAGCAGGCUGAUCUCACCAGGAGAAGCCAGAGUGUGGGCCAUGAACCUCUGAGAAGACAGGGCUCCUCCACAACCAGCCGCCCCCCUCAGCCCCUCUCGGCACAGGCCAUCAAACACAUCUGGGUCCGAACGGCUCUCUUCGAGAAAGUUCUGGACAAGAUAGUUCAGUACAUUGUGGACAACUCCAGUAAAUACUAUGAGAGGGAAGCUCUGAUGCAUGACUUAGUCUUCGGGCCCAUCUUGGCAGUCUUACUGGUUGGGCCCUGUGCUCUGGAAUACACCAAACUGAAGACGUCAGAUCAUUUCUGGACUGACCCUUCAGCCAACGAGCUAGUUCAGCGCCACCGUAUCCACGGGGCCCACCGGGGCCAGGACACAUCGGCCGGCCGCCGGCCUGCUCUGGGGAUCCGCAAGAGGCAGUCCAGUGGCAGCAUGUCAGAUGACAGGUUUGCUGCAUCAGCAAGGGAGUAUGUGGAGUCUCUUCACCAAAACUCCAGAACACACCUUCUCUACGGCAAAAACAACGUCCUGGUGCAACCGAAGAAGGACAUGGAGGUGUUGCGGGGCUACUUCUCACUCCACCAGGCUGGCGAUAACCUCACCCUCAAGUGGACACCCAACAAGCUCAUCAACGGCACGCUGGGAGACUGUGACCUGGAGAAGAGUAUCUACUGGGACUAUGCGCUGACUGUCCCGCUGCGCCAGAUAGUCUGUAUCCACUGUCACCAACGCCCUGAUUGUGGUGGUACACUGGUUCUGGUUAGUCAGGAUGGAAUCCAGCGGCCGCCUCUCCACUUCCCCCCUGGUGGUCACCUCCUGGCCUUCCUCGCCUGUCUGGAAACAGGCCUUUUACCACGGGGUCAGCUGGAGCCCCCCCUCUGGUCCCAGAAAGGCAAGGGAAAAGUGUUCCCUAAACUGAAGAAGAGGAGCAGUACUGCCAGGCUCAUCGACCAGGACAGGAACGGUGAGGAGCCUACAGCUGCUGACUACGUGUUUCGCAUCGUCUACCCUGGAUACCGCUACGACGCCACAGUCACUAUAAACUACCACCACACCACGGGCAGCCGCGCUCCGUCGCUGGACGACGACGAGGAAGAGGAAGAUAGGCUCCAUGCUAUGAUCUCAAUGAUCUGCUCGCGGAACCUCACAGACCCUAAUGUCAUGAAAGACCACGGGGAGAUGAUGGAGAUGCAGGGUUUCGGAGGCAGCCCGUCGUCGUGGCAACAGGCCGGAGUGCCCACUCUGGAAUCGCAGUGCCAGUCUUGCUCCACGGCUGGCAGCAACGUGUCGUUCGACUACCCGGCCGGCUGUACCUGCAUACACGACCCACUAGACAUUCACACUAUUCCUCUUAAGAUGCUCUGCCAGAACAUGAAGAGGCAGAUAGUCUCCAGAGCCUUUUAUGGAUGGCUGGCCUACUGCCGACACCUGUCCACUGUGCGGACUCACCUGUCAGCUCUGGUCAACCACAGCAUCGUCCCUCCAGACAGACCCUGCGAGGCGUCCGGGGGCCUCAGCAAGGAGGUGUGGAGCAAGUACCAGAAAGACUGCAAGAACUAUAAGGAGCUGGAGCUGCUAAGGCUGGUUUAUUAUGGCGGAGUGCAGCAUGACAUAAGGAAGGAGGUCUGGCCUUUCCUGCUGGGGCACUACAAGUUUGGCAUGGGCAAAAAGGACAUGAGCCAGAUUGAUGGAAAGAUCAGCGAGCGCUACCAGCAGGUGAUGCGCGAGUGGAAGGCCUGUGAGGUGAUUGUCAAGCAGAGGGAAAAGGAGAUGCAGUCGGCCAUCUUUGCCAAGCUCUCCUCAGGCAGCAGCAUCGACAGUCACGUCCUGCGACUCGUUCACAGAGACUCCACACUAAGCAAUGAGGUGUUUAUGUCGGUGGAUGAGCCGGAUGCAGGGAGCCAGGAGACGCCCAGUGGAGAGGACAGUACCCCCACCAUGACCACCCUGGUUCCCCCUGCAGCCCUCCCCCCAGAGGAGCGACCUCUGGUGGAGUUUGACUCCCCUGACUCGGGUCUCCCUUCCUCCAGAAACUACUCAGUGACCUCUGCUCAUUCCCAGAUCCUGUCCAGCAUAGAUGACGGUCAGAGCACGGAGGAGGAAGGGGGGGGCGGGGAGGAGGGCAGGACUUCGGGUGUGCUGGGGCGGCGUCAGGACUCUCUGACUGAGGACAGGCUGUGCAGUCAGCUGGACAAACUGGUGACCAAUGGAGCAGCUGCAGAGGCGAUAUCACCGUCACUCUCCUCAUAUACGAUCGAGCUGUUGGACACAGUCGCCCUCAACCUCCACAGGAUAGACAAAGAUGUGCAGCGCUGCGACCGCAACUAUUAUUACUUCACCACAGCCAAUCUGGAGAAACUACGCAACAUCAUGUGCAGCUAUGUGUGGGAGCAUUUGGAGAUAGGCUACGUUCAGGGCAUGUGUGACCUGCUCGCGCCGCUCAUGGUCAUCCUGGAUGAUGAGUGCCUGGCGUACAGCUGUUUCACUCAGCUAAUGAAGAGGAUGAGUCAGAACUUCCCUAAUGGCGGAGCCAUGGACACACACUUCGCCAACAUGAGGUCAUUGAUCCAGAUCCUGGACUCUGAGCUGUUUGAACUGAUGCAGCAGAAUGGAGAUUACACUCACUUCUACUUCUGUUACCGCUGGUUCCUGCUGGACUUCAAGAGAGAGCUCCUGUACGAGGACGUGUUUGCAGUGUGGGAGGUGAUCUGGGUGGCUCCCAGGAUUUCCUCGCAGCACUUUGUCCUCUUUCUGGCCUUGGCCCUGGUCACAGUCUACCGUGAGAUCAUCGUGGACAACAACAUGGACUUCACUGACAUCAUUAAGUUCUUCAACGAGAUGGCUGAGCGUCAUGAUGUCCAACACAUCUUGAAGAUAGCGCGUGAGCUGGUGCACAAAGUCCAGUCUCUGAUGGACAACAAGUGACUAUAGAGGAAGAGAAGGAGGAGGAAUGGGAGGAUGCAGAGGGAGAGUGUCCGACUAGAGGACACUCAGCUCUUCCUCUCAUCCCUCAGAGAGUGUUUCCAGGCCUUCCCCUAUCCAGAGCAGGUCCAGUGAGUCCAGGUCUCCUCCCUGCCCAGAUGAAGGCCCUGGGAGUGUGCCAGGAGCGCUGCUGGAGCGGCCUGGCUCUGGAGCGGCCUGGCUCUGGGGCGGCCUGGCUCCGGAGCUCGGCUUCGAUCUGUUUACAUUUACCUUCACAUGGAAUGCCCAUGGUGUCCGUACAGACAUGUGGAUUUGUCUGCAUGCUUGUGAGUUUGAUCACACUGUGAACACAUUCUUGAGUCUCCCCAGUCCUAUAGAGGAUGUGUGCGUGCAUUAAAACACACACACACACACACACACACACACACACACACACACUCUGAAAACAACAUCGGUUCUACCAAUACUUCAGUUUUCUAACGUGUCACUCCUUUCCUAACUCUGAACUGAACAUUUUGGAUGCUUGUCUGGAAGGCUUUAGCGUUCUCAGUGUUUGAUAGAUUCUUCCAUGCAAUGCCAGUGGAGGCCACAAGGAGUGCAGGAUUUACAAACAACGUUGUCAGAGGAGCCAGAAAGUUUUCAUUAGUGACCAAAUGGACUGUGCCAACUACCUUUUCAUGAGUGUUUUCUACAACAAGCAUGUGUGUUUUUACCCCCCUUUUUUCUUUAUGUCCAGGAGUUCAUUACCACACAAAUGUUGCCUUUAUCAGUAACAGCCCAAGGUACUUAGUUGCACUUUUUUGGGAGGAUUUCCUUCAUGGUGCCUGUGAAAGCCUCACCAGAGUUGGUGGGGGCCAGAGGCGCCACGAGAGGCCAAACUGUCGAGAAACUCUGGAUGAAUUGCAGCCAGUUUUCCUGAGCAUGUUAGUCCGUGGUUAAUGCAUGUUUAAUCCUCGUUCCAAGACAGAAGACACAUAGCAUCAGAGCACAACAGUAAAGACAAAAGCACACAGGCCUUACUCCUUAUUUUAAAAUAAAACAUGUGCAUCUCUAUUUAGUAGUACCAUGGAUUUUGUUCAGGGACCACUGGGGAUGCUGAGGUCAUGGCUUUGGUAAUAUUUUAUUUUUAAAGAUUAUUCUUUGGGCUUUUUAGGCCUUUAUUUAUAGGACAGCUGAAGAGAGGGAGAGAGAGAGAGAGAGAGGGAAUGACAUGCAGCAAAGGGCCGCAGGUCAGAGUUGAACUUGCUGCCGCUUCGUCGAGGGGUAAACCUCUGUAUAUGGGUGCACACUUUGGUAAUAUUUCUGGGGAUUUGGGGUGUUAAAUGACCGGAGGAUAAAUUAACAUAAAAAACACAUAUUACAACAUGUCAGGUCAAGGCUGAUUUUUUUUUUAAUUUAAAUUAAGAUCUUAAAAGUAACUGUUUUAAAGGGCUUUAGUAUUAUCCAACAGCUUUUAGACCAUUAUGUUAGGAAAUGCAAAUUUACAACUUUCAAAUGUAAUUUUAAAGAAAUGUGUAAAGAGAUUUGUGGCUGGUAAGAAGUAGACACAACAGGCUCAGAGAAAGAAUAUAUAAGAAAGUGAAAAAAUGAAACAUGAUUAAGAAACACCUUUGAGAAUGGAAAGAAAGUAACAGGUAUUGAGUAUAUUUACCUGUAUCUAAAUGUGGAUAUUCCUUAAGAAGAAGAAUACGACUGGCAUUAUUCUAGAUUUUUUUUGUUAUUGUCAACAAAUCCAAUGAAAAGAUCAAACCUUUCCAAUUCUCUGUGGCCUCAGCCUCAUGCCCAUUGGUUCCUACUAAAGAAAAACUGAGUAUCAAAAACUUUUUUUAAAGGCUAAGUAAUUUACUAAAACAACUGGCCCCUUUAGUUUUAAAGCAAGCUUUAUACGAACAAGAGUAAAUAGUGAAUUUGUUGGGGACUAUUUUCAGUGGUGGAUUAAUAUGCAUUUGAUGCUGUUCUUAGUAUUAAAGCAGCAGAUUUCCCCCUGAUUUUAUAAUUAUUCUUUUGUGGGAAUAUGUCACCCUUCUCCCUGGAUUUCUUGAAACAGACAUAAUUUUCUGAUAUUCUUUCAUAUUUGUUAGAUAAUGUGGUAACACUAGAGUAAUUUCUCUUAAAAGUACCUUAAUUAGUAUCUUAAAAUUAGUAUCUUACAGAAUGGUUUGAUUCUCUGUCUUUUAAUAAUAAUAAUAAAUUGAAUUUAUGUAGCGCUUUUCACAAACUCAAAGUCGCUUUACAGGUAGAUAAUAAAGACAAACAAAACAAAAAAAAGAUUCAGGCACAGAUGAAAAGGAAAGGGGGGCGUGGGGCUAGGGACAGGCAGAGGUGAAGAGAUGGGUCUUGAGGCGGGACUGAAGAUGGGGAGGGACUCAGAGGAGCGGAUCUCUUGGGGGAGGGAGUUCCAGAGCGUGGGAGCUGCCCUGCUGAGCUGAGGUUAUUACUGCUUCAGUGGCACGGAACAAGAUAUAAGGCUACACACACACACACUUGUUAGUAGGAUACAUUUAUUGUUGGUUUGGGUCUUUUCAUGGGAUUUAUUGCAAUAGAAAAAAAUAUAACUAUUACCAGCCUUGUGCUUUACAUUAGUCCAUGUCUUUCUUCAGAACGUGAGACAAACAUGCUCACCGCUCUAAAGCACCACGAAGACUUUUUAUUGCAUUCAGCACUAUACUGUCAGGAAAUGUGGUUGCAAUUGUCCAUGUGGAACCUCGUUCUCCUCCUGCCUAAAGUCCGGCGUCUAAAAAAUAAAACAUGCUUGGACUGGGUUGGUCUAAAUAACAAAUCUGUGGUCUGAGAAGAAGCGGAUUCCAACGCCAAACUUUCUCUAGUGUUCAGUGAAUCAGUAUUAGGUUGGUGCUGGCUUCGCAGUAACAGCACAGAGUACAUUCAUGUUUGUAUCUGAGAGGAUUUGGGACAUUUUUGAUACCGUUUCCAAUCCCCGUCGUCAGUGUGACCCUUUAUCUCCACCCUCCUCGUCUCCUCAAAACGUCCAACCGAGCUGCAUAUGAUUGGUCAUCCAGCACGGACCUGCACCUGUGAUUCAAGUGCCAAGAGUCUUCCCCAAUCCUGAAGUGUACUGUAGUCAUCCAGCUCUCUGAUUUACUAGUUUGAUCCCAGGAACGGGCGGUGGUGGAGAUGUACCUCGAUGUACAUCCUCGCCACUCAACCACCCUGCCGCCAUGGCGACGGACGAGGGUCGCCGGGGGAACAGGGGCCCGUAGCAGAGCUUUUUCUUCCAAUCAGGACAUUGUGUACCAAAGCCUUGAAACAGCCCCCUCUGUGGUAUGACGACAACGUGCAAUUUCAUACUGCAUGUUAAAGACUGACUGUUUACUAUGUGUGUAAAAUAUUUUUGAAAAUGGUGAUCUUGGAUUAUUUAACUACUGUGCAAUUUCUGUCGUUUGAGAAAAUCCUUCAAAGUCUAUAUUGCUGUUAAUACGAACCGAAAGCCCAAUAUUUCUAUGAAGACAGUAAGAACAUAUAUAUAUAUAAAACUUAUUUUGAGAUCUAUUUUUAUGUUGGUUUUAGCAGCACUAGUUGGAGGUGUAUACUGUGCAGAAAUGCAGAAUGUUUGCAGACUAUGUUACACGUUGACUGUUAAGUGUUUUUUCCUCAAUGUUGUGCACUGACUUCAAGAUUUCAAAUUUCUAUUUAUUUAAAGAGCCAAUGAUUGCAUUGCUGAAUAUGUAUUGGUAAGGAUGUAUCAUUUGCCUUGAAUGUAAUGUAUUAUUAAAUAAGAGGUUGUUCUGUA